UAUGUGCACGUAAUGAGUACGAAACAAUAAGUUUUAUAUAUUUAUAGGAUAAAUUUAUUGUUAAAUUAGAUUAGAUUAGUAUUAAAAUCAUGAGUGAAGUUAAUAUUCAAAGUGUCCGAUCUAUAAAACCUAUAAAUGGUGAUACUGUACAUAAAAUAUGUUCUGGUCAGGUUGUCCUCAGCUUAGCCGUGGCAGUUAAGGAAUUGGUUGAAAACUCUUUAGAUGCUGGUGCCACGAAUGUGGAAGUCAGGUUAAAGGAUUAUGGCAAAGAGCUCAUUGAAGUUUCUGAUAAUGGCUAUGGUGUAGCUGAAGAUAAUUUUGCUGCUUUGACAUUGAAGUAUCACACAUCAAAAUUAUGUGACUACUCCGAUUUGCUUGGUGUUUCCAGCUUUGGCUUCAGAGGGGAAGCUUUGAGCUCACUUUGCGCUUUGGCUGAUCUCUCAAUAACAACAAGACACAAAGAUAGUAGCUAUGCAACAAAAAUUGUAUAUGACCACAAGGGCAAUAUCACCAGUAAAACUCCAUGUUCAAGACAAGUUGGCACAACGGUUACCUUGACAAAUCUCUUCAGUACAUUGCCAGUGAGACAAAAAGAGUUCCACAAGAACUAUAAAAGGGAAUUCACAAGAAUGACAAGCUUACUUUACGCUUAUUGCUUAAUAUCUACUGGAGUAAAAAUAACAUGCAAUAACCAGACAAGUUCAAAUGUGAGAACAUUAGUUGUGGCAACUCAAGGAUCCUCUUUAUAUAAAGAUAAUAUUGCUUGUGUAUUUGGAAUUAAACAAAUGCAGUCUUUACUUGAAAUCAAAACAGAGUAUGUUGCAAAUAUAAAAGAAAAUAUCUUAAAAGGAUUAUCAAAUACUGUCCAAGAUAGAGAAGCUAGUGAAACAAUAGAUGAUGUUGAAAUUGAUUUAUCAGAGGAUUCAAAUGACGCUGCAAGCAACGAAAUUCCAAAUUCACAAGAAACUGUAUGCUCUCAAAAAUCACAAGGAUACAUCAAUAAGCCUAAUCCUGUAGAAUUAGUUGGAUUCAUUUCGUCAUGUGCACACGGCAGCGGCCGAUCUACUACAGACAGACAAUAUUUUUACGUUAACUCCAGACCAUGUGAACCAACGAAAGUUAUAAAACUAAUUAAUGAAGUCUACAAACAAUACAACCCACAUCAAUACCCAUUUGUAUUUCUGAACAUUGUCAUUGAUAGAACUUCAGUCGAUGUCAAUGUUACACCAGAUAAGAGACAAGUAUUUUUAACACAAGAGAAAGGGGUUAUGAAUGUUGUCAAAGCAUCCCUACUGAAACUUUUUGAGAAUAUUCCAAGAACGAUAAAAUUAGAAUCUAUAGAAGCAAAUGUAAGUUCUAUAGAACCAGAGCUCAGUCAACCGAGAAUUUUCAACUCUUUUCUGAACAAAUUUAGUCGCAAAAAUAAUGAAACUGCUAAGAGUACUAGUGAUAAUACUGAUUUGAAAAGAAAGUCCAGCACACUUAUAAACUAUGGGGUUGUGAAAAAGAGUUAUAAGAUAAGCAAAGAAGAAUUAGAGUGUAAUGAAGAAAACGAUACCAUAAUUGCAAAUGAGGAUAGUGAGCCUUGUGAGAAAAGUGAAGAAAAUACAAAAAUCAUCAAUGCAGAAACUAGAGGCGAUAGUAAUGAUGAUAUAACGAUAUGUGAAACUAAAUUAACAAAAAACAAAUAUGAUACAGACACAAUAAUGUAUUUAGAAUAUUCAGAUAAAUUGCCUAAUACACAAAUCAGAAACAUUUCAGAUAUUGUUAUAGAAUCACAUCAAGUAGUUUGUAAAACUAAAAGUUCGUCAGAGAAACCACGCAAGCCAAAUUUAGCCAAAAUAAAGACUGACAAAGAAGAGUUAGGUAAACCUAUUAACAGGAAAACGGUUGAACUUAAAACCUCUCUUGAGCAUGUCGAGGCUUUAUUUAAAAUGAAUUUGAAACAUAAUCAAGAGAAAGCUAGACCAGAUAGAAUAAAAUUUAAAAGUACAAUAAAUCCUGUUUUCAAUAAAAAAUGUGAGGAAGAACUAAGCAGAGAGAUCAGUAAGGAGUCCUUUAAGAAAAUGGAAGUAAUAGGUCAAUUUAAUUUAGGAUUUAUAAUCACGCGUUUGGAAGACGACUUAUUUAUUAUUGAUCAACAUGCAACAGAUGAAAUAUAUAAUUUUGAAACUCUACAAAAAACGACAGAGCUUACAAGCCAAAAAUUAGUUGUGCCCCAGAAAUUAGAGCUUACUGGUGUUAAUGAACAGAUAUUAAUGGAUAACGUGGAAGUGUUUAGAAAGAAUGGAUUCACAUUUGAAAUAGACAAAGAUGCAUUACCAACGAAGAGAGUAAAAUUGUUGACCAUACCCAUGUCGAAAAACUGGGUGUUCGGAAAGGAAGAUAUCGAAGAGCUCCUAUUUAUGUUGAGGGAAAACUAUCAUGAGCACUGCCGACCGAGUCGAGUGCGAGCGAUGUUUGCAUCCAGAGCAUGCAGAAAGUCGGUGAUGAUUGGUACGGCGCUGGGAAAGUCCGACAUGAGGAAACUGGUAGAUCACAUGUCAGAAAUUGAACAACCAUGGAACUGUCCACACGGUCGGCCUACAAUACGACAUCUCGUAAAUAUAGCAAUGGUCCAUACAAGGGAAGAUUAACUCUAAAAUCAUAAAUCAUGUUGUAUACUUAUAGUAUUUAUUUAUCAUUUUAUACACUAAUAGUUUUGAAUAUAUUGAAUCCAGUAUGUGCCGUAGUAACGAUAACGCCUGGAAGCUGUUUGUGCCAGUGCAACUCUUUUAUGUCAUUUUGUCCUUGAUGUAUAAAUAAUAGCUGGGGUGGAAGAUUCUAAAAAGAAAUAAAAGAUGUUAAUAUAAUAUU